CUUAGGCCGCAGGCGCGCUGUGCUCCUGAGGGUCAGUAUGUGGCUUGUGUCCCGCCAGCUGUGUGUGCACGUUGCAAGGCGGAAUAAGCUCUUAGGAACUUGGAACAGGCCUGCCGCCUUCAUGUCCACCUUGCUCAUCAAUCAGCCCCAGUAUGCUUGGCUGAAGGAGCUGGGGCUCCGCGAGGAGAACGAGGGCGUGUAUAAUGGAAGCUGGGGCGGCCGGGGAGAGGUUAUCACAACCUAUUGUCCUGCUAACAAUGAGCCAAUAGCAAGAGUCCGACAGGCUAGCAUGGCUGACUACGAAGAAACUGUGAAGAAAGCCAGAGAAGCAUGGAGAAUCUGGGCAGAUGUUCCUGCUCCAAAGCGAGGAGAAGUAGUGAGACAGAUUGGUGAUGCCUUGCGAGAGAAGAUUCAAGUACUAGGAAACUUGGUGUCUUUGGAGAUGGGGAAAAUCCUAGUAGAAGGUGUGGGAGAAGUUCAAGAGUAUGUGGAUAUUUGCGAUUAUGCUGUUGGCUUGUCACGGAUGAUCGGGGGACCCAUUCUGCCUUCUGAACGACCUGGCCAUGCGCUCAUCGAACAGUGGAAUCCUGUGGGCCUGGUUGGCAUCAUCACUGCCUUCAACUUCCCGGUGGCGGUGUACGGCUGGAACAACGCCAUCGCCAUGAUCUGCGGGAAUGUCUGCCUUUGGAAAGGAGCUCCGACAACUUCCCUCAUUAGUGUUGCUGUCACAAAGAUAAUAGCCAAGGUUCUGGAGGACAACAAGCUGCCUGGUGCAAUUUGUUCCAUGACUUGCGGUGGAGCGGACAUCGGCACUGCAAUGGCCAAAGAUGAGCGAGUGAGCCUGCUGUCCUUCACUGGGAGCACUCAGGUGGGAAAACAGGUGGCCCUUAUGGUGCAGGAGAGGUUUGGGAGAAGUUUGUUAGAACUUGGAGGAAAUAAUGCCAUUAUUGCCUUUGAUGAUGCGGACCUCAGCCUAGUCGUUCCUUCAGCUCUCUUCGCCUCCGUGGGGACAGCCGGCCAGAGGUGUACCACUGCGAGGCGCCUGUUUUUACAUGAAAGCAUCCACGAUGAAGUUGUAAAUAGACUGAAAAAGGCCUAUGCGCAGGUCCGGGUCGGGAACCCAUGGGACUCUAAUGUUCUCUAUGGGCCACUACACACCAAACAGGCAGUGAGCAUGUUCCUUGGAGCAGUGGAGGCAGCAAAGAAAGAAGGAGGCACAGUGGUCUAUGGCGGCAAGGUUAUGGAUCGCCCUGGAAAUUAUGUAGAACCGACAAUUGUGACAGGUCUUGCCCACGACGCAUCCAUUGCACACACAGAGACUUUUGCUCCAAUUCUUUAUGUCUUUAAAUUCACGAAUGAAGACGAAGUCUUUGCGUGGAAUAAUGAAGUAAAACAGGGACUUUCAAGUAGCAUCUUUACCAAGGACUUGGGCAGAAUCUUCCGCUGGCUUGGACCAAAAGGAUCGGAUUGUGGCAUCGUAAACGUCAAUAUUCCAACGAGCGGGGCUGAGAUCGGAGGUGCCUUCGGGGGAGAAAAGCACACCGGCGGUGGGCGGGAGUCGGGCAGCGACGCCUGGAAGCAGUACAUGAGAAGAUCUACGUGUACCAUCAACUACAGUAAGGACCUUCCUCUGGCCCAAGGAAUCAAGUUUCAGUAAAGGUGUUUUAAAUUGACAUUACUUCAAGUCUUUUAGGUUUUCUUGCAUCUCUUUCUUCUGAAGAAGACAGAAAAUUAAGAUUUGCCCUGAAUAAAUGCAUCAUUUGGAGUAUGACAGUGGCUAAUCCUUUAUGUCCCCAAGGUCCUGACUAAAUCAAGAGACUUAUUUUUAAAAAGUAAAAGUUGUCAUAUGGUAUAGCCAUAUUUAGUAAAAGAUAGAAAAAUGCAUUUUUAUGUUACAAGUAGUUACUAAUUUUCUUGAAGUUUAUAAUUAUUUUAUAAUUUAGACAAAAUACUUACAUGCUAUGCUAGGAAUUUGGAAAAACACAGAACCUAACGGAGAGGAAAAUAGAAGUCUUCUCAGUAGAUGCAGGAACAUCUCCUGAGCAAGUAACAAAUUCUCCGGUGAGAGUUGAUUCACACUGCCCUCUUCCAGCCUGUGUUGGGGAGGGUCUGGUUGACAGGGAGUACAUCCCUUCUAUGGAGGGGGCCAUACAGCACAUCAUCUGUGGAAUGCCUCUCUCUGUUAAAUAUGACUAAGGUAUUCGUCACUAUUACGACUUUUCCUGCCCAUGAUGGCUUGUGUCACCCACAGAAGAAAUUUGUGGGGUGGAUGUAGAUACCACUCCUGCCAUAGCACCUGCACCUGCCAUGCACUCUGCCUGUGUAGCUUCAGUAGAAAGAGUCUCUGGAUUUCUCACGCAGCCUUCAACCGUUUGUUUAGCUGGUAGGCUUCUGCAGUUGCCCUUGGGUUUGUUCUUGGAGGAUAGCCACAGUGUGUGGCAGCAUGUGUCUGUCAGACUGAAGUCAGCAGAGGUCGCUGUCUCUGCUGAGAGUCUGCUUCUUUCCUUGAGGAGCUGCCCAGCAGCCUUUGGAGUGGGUCCACCCAGGGGCCCUGAGGAACUCGGACUGACCCAUGCAGCCCUCCUCUUCCUGGCAGUCUGCGCUCCCCCGAUGGGCAGGCACCAGCUGGACUCCUGUCAGAUUGGACUGGGGCAGAAGCUUUGAAGAUGACAUUUGUAGAUGACCUAAUGCAUCAGGAUGUAUGGAGAGAUUUUCACAACUGGCAGAGUUUGGGGGUUGUGAUAGAGAAGCAAGCAAAUGAAAAAAACUAAGCAAUUACAAAUUUAUCAGGGAAAGAGAGGUCCCGUGUUCCAUGGCCCAGUGUGACUAGUGGUCACCUGGGUGUGUAGUUGUCAGCCUUGAAUGUUCAUCAGGCCGAAGGCUGAUGAUGAGCCUUCUGAGAGCAUGCUGGCAGGAAGAAGGCAGGGGUGAGGGUAGGUUAGAAAGGCGACAGUUCCUUAUGUUCUGUAGUGGAGAGUCUGUAAUACCUAAAUUCAAAGUAGCAACCUGGGCUUAUAAAGAUAGGCAAAUUCCAAAUCAUUGCUUCAGGGGAGGGCAAGGGGGGUGGGGCAUGGAGACAGGGCACAUUGCUGCUUCUCAUAACUAGUCCUGUAGAGCUAUUUGAGUGUUGAAUGAAGAGGCUGUAUAAUUUUGAUUAAAAAUUUAAACCAAGGAAAAGGAAAUGAUGUUGGAAAACCCCGCAUCUCCAGACGCCCUUCGCUCCAUCCUGCUCCCCCAGGCACAGGCAUGCACACCCGGGACCCUGUUUCCAAUGUCUCGUGAAAUGAUCUCGUGAUCAUUUCCUUCCAUUUUUUUAAGAGUUUGAAACAGACUAUAUUAUCUUAUAUUAAUACACAUAUACUUUUUAAUAUAAGUGGUUGCUUAAGAAAAUCAUGCAAAUUGGACAUUUACUCUAAAAAUCUUACUGUGGCUUUUCUUUGUAAGUUGCAAUGCUAAGUGUUCCAUCUCUGUCUCGCUUGGUCACUAUGAUACUGUCUGAAGAAAGGGAAGCAUUGUUUAAAACAUUUUAGGAAUCAUGUUAAUAGGCUGUUUUUGUGAAAUUUGCAAGAUUAUUUUUGAUUGAAAUCUUUUUAUAUCUUGUUUUCCCCCCAGUGUAUUAUUUUUAAACAAGUGUUCCAAAACACAAGCUGUAUCAGUGAUUGUUUUAAUUAAACGUUUUUUCAUUUAUAAUUUCCCUGCAGUUGGGCAUUUAAGGAGACUCCCCGACAUUGCGUCCAAUGUGGGGAAACCACCAGUACAUGGGGUACAGCAGGGACUGGCAGCUCUGCUCUUAGGCGUAGAAGUCAAGUCACACUGUCUCUGAAAGCUUUCUUUGAAACUAAUUGAUAACUUUUAUACACGUUCCUAGCAACAACUUGGAUUUUUUUUGUCAUAAUGUUUAUUAAAAAAUAAUUGCCUUUAAA